AUGGGUGGAAAAAUUGAUCAUGAAAUUAAUAAAUAUGGUGGCCCAUAUACUUUUCGCAUUAAUGGUCAAAAUUACCAUUUCCUUGGAUCUUUGGUUCCUUUAGAUGGGAGAAAAGCUAAAUUUGCACAACUUUAUAUCCAUGACACACCUAAUGAGAUAUCAAAUAUAUUAGGAAUGUUCAACAAUGAUGAUGGAAGUAGCCCCCUUGAAGAGGAAGUUGUCAGAGAUCUAAUUCGUAUGUUUGAUGAACAUAAUGUCUUGGUUCAAUCUUUUAGAAUGGCUAGAGACAAACAUCAAGAAGAUGGAAUUCGUGAUUUCAAACUUCGAUUGAUAAGUAAAAAGGUAACUGAUGGAAGACAAUAUAACCUACCUUCUUCUUCAGAAGUUGCAACACUUUUAGUUGAUCAGUACACUAAUGAGGAGGAAUGCCACCGUGAUAUAGUUAUUGAACAUAAAAAAACUGGUCUUCAAAGAAUAACUGAAAUACAUCCAAGCUUUAUGGCCCUACAAUAUCCUUUGCUGUUUUCGUAUGGAGAAGAUGGCUUCAGGACAGGGAUAAGUCAUUUUAAUAGACGAAUAGGUAGAAGUGGAUUAAGCGAUGCAAUCAAUCAAGGAGAUGUAAUGGCAGAUAAUGUAGGCAAAAUGAUAAUACUAGCUUCAAGUUACACGGGUGGACCUCGAUAUCGAGUACAAAACUAUCAGUCUGAAAAUGAUUAUAUGCUGGAAGAUAUUGAAGGGCAAAAAAGCGAUGAUAGACUUGACAUUCUAGCAACUCAGGUUGAUGAAAUUAUUUCUGCUAAAAUACCAGAUAAAGAAAAUGAUCCUGUUGAUUAUAGUGUAGUUGAUAGAUUCAUGGUUCAUGGACCUUGUGGGAUUUUAAACCAUAAUUCUCCAUGCAUGAUUAAUGGCAAAUGCUCAAAGCAAUAUCCAAAAAAAUUUCAUGAUAGCACAUCAUUUGAUAAUGAUGGAUUCCCUAUAUACAUGAGGAGGGGUAAUGGCAGAUAUAUAUUAAAGAAUGGUCUCCAACUUGACAAUCGUCAUGUCGUUCCAUAUAAUAGGAAUCUUUUGGUCAAGUACGAUGCCCAUCUUAAUGUUGAGCUUUGUAAUCGAUCUAGAUCGGUUAAAUAUUUAUUCAAAUAUAUCAAUAAAGGACCUGAUUGUGCUACUGCACUUAUCUUAGAUGAACAGAAUUUUGCCUCCACAUCUGAAACUAGAAUUCAGGAACAUGAUGAGAUAAAGGCAUACUUGGAUUGUAGAUAUAUUUCUACAGCUGAAGCUGCUUGGAGAAUUUACCAAUUUGAUAUGUUCUAUCGAGAACCAAUUGUAGAGCAUUUAUCAUUCCACCUUCCUGAUCAACAACCAAUUUAUUUUCAAGGGCAUAUGACACUUGACAACAUUAUGAGUCGUUCAAGAAUUGAGACAACAAUGUUUACUGAGUUGAUGAAAGUAAAUUCUGAGGACAUUGAGGCCAGACAACUAACAUACUCUGAAUUCCCUACGAAGUAUGUCUGGAAUAAGAAAGAAAAGUUGUGGACAAGAAGAUGUAGAUGCAGAUGUAUUGGCAGAAUGUACUAUAUGCCUCCUACUGCUGGAGAAAAAUACUAUUUGCGUAUGCUGCUCAACAUGGUUCGAGGAAGUUGCUCUUAUGAACAAAUAAGAACAAUAGAUGGUAUUGUAUACGACACUUUCAAAGAUACAUGCUAUGCACUUGGAUUAUUAGAGGAUGAUAAAGAAUGGGAUGAUUGCCUUAAAGAAGCUUCGAUGUGGGGUACAGAAAACCAGCUUUGCCAAUUAUUUUCCACCAUAUUAGUGCACUGUGAAGUGGUUGAUCCAUGUCACCUUUGGGAAUCAAAUUGGAAGUUACUUUCAGAGGAUAUUUUAUACAAGCAGCGUCGCUUAUUAGAUCUCCCAAACUUACAGUUGACAGAUGAACAAUUGCAAAACUAUUCUCUCCUAGAGAUUGAGCAAAUUCUGAGAAAGAUGGAAAAAUCAUUAGAAGAUUAUUCAGGAAUGCUAAUUCCUAAUAAUGACACAUUAAUGAGCGAAAUGAACAACCGUCUUAUUUUUCAAGAGUUAAACUACGACAGUAUAAAAAUGCAUCAUGAAUAUGUUCAACUAUUAUGUGGUUUAAACUCAGACCAAAAAGGAAUUCAUGAUAUUGUACUUAAAUCUAUUGAUUUCAGUUUGGGCAUGUUGUUCUUUGUAAGUGGUUCAGGAGGAACAGGGAAAACAGAUCUCUGGAGAACACUCCUAGCAAAAGUCAGGUCCAAAGGAAAAAUAGCAAUUGCUGUUGCUACUUCUGGUAUUGUGGCUUUACUUUUACCGGGUGGUCGAACUGCGCAUUCAAGAUUUAAAAUACCUUUGAACCCAACAGAAGAAGCAACAUGUGACAUAAAAAAGGUAGACAACUUGCUGAGUUGA